UUGAAUUUUGGUAUGGUCAUCCAACAAGAAGCUUAGCAGAUUAAUAAAACAAAAGUGAUUGCUACAUCUUGGCAAUGACUGUAACACCUUACUUCAAUAUGUUAAUAAUUAAAUGUGUCCAAAGUUCAAUUUCAAAAGAACACGGCUUACAAAAUUCAAUAGUGAGACUACAGAAUGGAACCGACUCCCAGAGUUUCGAGAAUAUUUGCUUUGGAGAUACCAGAUAUAAUUGUGGUUGUUAUUUACUUUGUGUUUGUUAUGUGUGUUGGAAUAUGGUCGUCUAUGAGAGCCAACCGGAACACUGUGGGAGGAUAUUUCCUUGCAGGAAAAUCUAUGACAUGGUGGCCUAUUGGGGCUUCUCUAAUGUCCAGUAAUGUUGGGAGUGGCCUGUUUAUCGGUCUGGCAGGCACUGGAGCUGCAGGAGGCAUUGCUGUUGGUGGUUUUGAAUGGAAUGCUACUUGGCUUCUUGUGGCACUUGGUUGGAUUUUUGUUCCAGUGUACAUUGCUGCUGGUGUGGUUACUAUGCCUGAAUAUUUACAGAAAAGGUUUGGAGGACAAAGAAUCCAAAUCUACAUGUCUGUAUUAUCUUUAAUCCUGUAUAUAUUUACUAAGAUAUCGACUGACAUUUUCUCUGGAGCACUUUUUAUCCAAGUCUCACUGGGUUGGAACCUCUACAUUUCUACAGUAACUCUUCUGGCAGUGACUGCCAUUUACACAAUUGCUGGUGGUUUGACCGCUGUGAUAUAUACAGAUGCCCUUCAGACUGUGAUUAUGGUGACAGGCGCACUCAUCCUUAUGUUCAUUGGUUUAAAUAAAGUUGGUUGGUAUUCAGGAUUGGAAGAAAAGUACUUUCAUGCAAUUCCUAACAUUACUGUGGCAAAUACUUCAUGUCACAUUCCACGUGCUGAUGCUUUCCACAUGUUUCGAGAUCCAGUCAAUGGUGACAUUCCUUGGCCUGGACUCAUAUUUGGACUCACAGUACUUGCCACAUGGUGUUGGUGUACUGAUCAGGUAAUCGUACAGAGAUCCCUUUCAGCAAAAACUCUUUCCCAUGCCAAGGGGGGAUCAGUUUUGGGAGGUUAUCUGAAGAUGUUGCCCAUGUUCUUCAUUGUCUGGCCUGGGAUGAUCAGCAGAGCACUGUAUCCAGAUCAGGUGGGCUGUGUGGAUCCUGAUAUUUGUGAGUCAGUCUGUGGAGCCAGAGUAGGAUGUUCAAACAUUGCAUACCCCAAGCUGGUAGUGGAACUUAUGCCUGUAGGCUUGAGGGGGCUGAUGAUAGCAGUAAUGAUGGCUGCCUUAAUGAGUUCACUCACCUCAAUAUUUAACAGCAGCAGCACGCUCUUCACCUUGGAUAUCUGGCAGAGGUUUCGCACAAACGCCACUGAACAGGAGCUAAUGAUUGUCGGCAGGGUAUUUAUUAUUUUCAUAGUUGCUGUCAGUAUAGUAUGGAUCCCCAUUAUCCAGAAAGCCAACAGUGGCCAGCUAUUUGACUACAUUCAGUCUGUUACCAGCUACUUAGCACCACCAAUCACAGCACUGUUCAUCAUGGCAGUCUUCUGGACAAGAGUCAAUGAGCCGGGUGCUUUUUGGGGAUUGAUGGUUGGGCUGAUUCUGGGUCUUGUUCGAAUGGUCAUGGAGUUUGUCUAUGGAGCGCCAUCAUGUGGUGAAGUGGAUAAAAGACCAUCAUUCCUCAAGGACGUGCACUACCUUUACUUUGCUUUGAUUCUAUGUGGAAUAAGUGCAAUUGUUAUCACUGUCGUCAGCCUACUGACACCAGCAAUCCAAGAAGAAAAUCUAAUUCGAUUAACCUGGUGGACUAGAAACAUCAAAAUUUCGACGAAAUGCUUGGAUGAUAACUGGAGCCAGCCAAAGACAAUCUCCGAGCUGAUUGACAGAAGUGCUGAAUCAUUAUCUAUCACAGAGGAUGAUGAACUGCAAGAAACAGUUGCACUUUCUUGGUGGAAGAAAACGUGUUUUUGCCUCUGUGGCCUGUCAGUACAGAAGGAGCCUGAACUCACAGAAGAAGAAAAUGAUGCCAUACGGGAACGCUUAACAAGCAUUGAAGAAGAACCCUUUUGGAAAAAUGUGUGUGAUGUAAAUGUUUUAAUCCUACUGGCAGUUAAUGUCUUCUGCUGGGGAUACUUUGGUUAAUUUUUGUCAUGUUCAUUACUUAUGGACUGGUUUUGUACCUCUUCAGUGAAUACUUGUUUGUAACAGUAGGUUAAUGGCAACAACUCCAUAAGAAUUAACUUUUCUAAUACUGACAGGUUCAAACAUUUAAGAUUACACGUAACACUUCAACUAAAUAGACACCAGCUUUCCAAGAACAAAGAUAAUUAAUUCCAGGAGUAACUCAAAUAUACUUUAAAAUAUUGUAGACAGAGCAAAAAAAAAACAAUUAUACUCAGUUCCUUUAUAUUCUUCCAGUUUAAUGUUCCAAGUUUCUUUUUUUUUACAUUUCUUGUCCUGUCUGAUCUGUUAUUUUUCUGAACACCCACUUCUUCCCAACAAAAUGCUUUAAAUAUAUUCACCACACUUUUAAAAUUAUAAUCUUAUUUGCAUGAAUGUAGCAACAGAGGAGAGUGAAGAGGACCACCUAACUGCUUUGGGGCUUACGACUUUUAAGGCUCUUCCUGAGAUGUCCCUUGAUCAAGAAAUCCCAUGUGUCCUUCUAUAUGAUGCUUGGCUCCUCUGUUCGGUGGGGGUAACUGUGGAUGUCAAACAGCUUUCUUCCGUGCUGUAAUCAGCCCACGAUCCUGUGGUGGGGUGUGAAUUUGUGUGAGGAGCCAGGGAAGUAGCCCUCGUUCUCUAGGAUCUUUCCCUCCAAGUUGUGCUGGUUAUUGAAAAUGAUUGGCAAAGGCGUCAUAUGUUCCCCCGGAAACAUAUUAUUGACCAUGAGGAGAACUUUCUUGUAUCCACAGCUAAAUGCACAUUAAGGAAAUGAGAGCCUUUCCUGCCGUUCUACUAAGUAUUAAGGGUCUCUGUGGCAUGAGAGCUGCCCUAAAUUUGGAAAGCCCGCAAUCUGAGCCUGAGCAAAUCCCAGUGCCUGGGUCCUAAUAUUUCCCGACUGAAAACUAGUUAGAGAUAGUCGUUUCACAAAAAUUACAGCCUUUAAGUGAUAAGCAUCACAGCUGCAACUGUUUGAGAAGAUCCAGUGUCGAGGAAGUUCAAGGUCUACAUGACCAUGAAAUUAUGACAUUUCCAGCAAGUGCAUCCAUGGCAUGAGUAUAGAAUAUGGCUACUUUCAUGAAUUCUUUUUGAGAAGAACUUAAGUAGUUCAAAAUUGUAGGUCUUAUUUCGGACACCAAAAACUGUCGUUUCAGAGUUUGAGAUUAAAUGAAAACUACCAGCCACUGUCCGUUGUGUCUUUGGCAUUCAUGAAGAAACAUAGCAGUGAUUGUCAGCGUAGUAGUAAAAAAGAGGUGUAUAUACCAUAUGAAAAUUAUAUAAGUAAUCUAUUGAACUAAAAUCUGCAGAUUCCAAAAACCAAAAAUAAAAACAGAAACAUGGGAGACUCUCAGCAAAUUAAUGAAGGGCUUUUGACAUGUAUUGUUAACAGCAGUUUGUUUUUGUAUCCUAUUAAGAUGGUCAAAUGUUUUUGUGACAGCCAAUCCAGGCAUAAAAUAAUCCCAUUGAAGGAAGAUACUGUAAAAUGGACUGAGAUUUUGGUUUGAUUAAAAUAACAAGUUAAUUUGAGAUGAAUUUCAAAGCAAUUCUUCCUACAUCAUUUCUACAUAAUCUUAAUGCUUCCCUACUUCCUUUUUGAAAUGUUAAAUCAUUAAAGGGUUUUGUAAGUAGUACAUUUUAUUCGUACUUCCUCUCAUUUUAAAUAACUUUUACUUUCAUACACACAAUUCUUACAAGUACUUAUCAUAACCCCAUAUUUAUUUUAGUUGGUUACACCAGUAAUUAAAAUAUUUACCAGGUUUUCCUUUACUAAUUUGGUCAUUUUCAAAGAAAUUGUCUAGCAAUAAUUUUAUUUACUUAUUAUUUUCAUGUGUCAGGUUGUAGCUAAUAAAGUAUACUCUAUUGCAUUGUAACCAAAACGUAAUGGAAUCUGGAUAACAAUUAGUUUGUUAAUCUCUAUUAUAUGAUUGACAAUAUAAACUUACUAUCUCCAGAAAGACCAAGGAAGCUAAAUUGCUGAAUAGCUUUACUAUGUCAUUUAAGUCUGUUAUACAGUCAACCUAUACUAAUCCGACUACCUGUAAUCUGGUUCCUUCGAUAAUCGGCACUGAUUAUGCUUAAUAUGAUCCUUCUGUAAUUCAGCAUUUUCACUAAUCUGGCACUCCUUAGGUCUCAGUGGUGCCGGAUUGGUGAAGGUGGACCUGUAUUUAUAUUAACAUUCUCUUCAUCAGCACAAGCUCUUUGGAUGUCAGGAAGCAAGUCACUCAACCUGGAACAUCCUGUGUCUAAUCUGCUCUUGUAGCCAUAGUAUUUAUAGGGCUGGUCCAGUUGAGUAUUUGGUCAACAGCGAUCCACAAGAGACUUAUCAAAAGUAAUGUUACUGUAUAUCUAUGACAAGUGGAUAGACUCUCUUAUAUGCACACAUAUUAAAAAGUGGAUAACUGAUCAAAAUAUCUGUAAUGUUUUGUGUCUUUGCACUGUUUUGUUUUCUUCUCUCCUUAUUCCAUUUUAUAUCAGAAAACAAGUUAGAACGUACCAAAGAUUUUGUACAUAUCUUCUCCUUAACCUUAUUGUAAGAGGUGAUCUAAUAAUGAGCAGCAUAAGUAGGGUGAAUACAUUCAAUCAUUUUCCCAGAGUUGGGGAGACAAGAACUAGAGUGCAUAGGUUGAAGGUGAUAUGGAAAAGAUUUAAUUGGAACUUGAGGAACAGCCUUUUUUAAGCAUUAACUAAGCUGCCAGAGGAAAUGGUUGAGGGUGGUACAAUACAACUUUUAAAAAACUGUUGUACAGGUAUAUGGAAUGAAAAAGUUUAGAGGAUUAUGAGCCAAAGCACUGGUAAAUGGAACUAUCUUGGAUGUAGCAUAUUGAUUAGCAUAGACUAGUUGGGUGGAACAGCCUUUUCCUGUGCUGUAUAACUCUAUGAUUCUAAGAACUUUAUUAUUUGAGUUACAAUUAAUGAAUGUACUUGAUUUUACAAAAGAUUACAAUAGAAUUUAUUCCAGAGGCAAUAAAAAGGCAAUACUUUCAUCAGCCAUAUUUGAAG